GUCAACCUGCUGCCGCCUCAUUUAGUCGACGUACUGUUGGAUGCAGCAGCCAUGGGAGUCAAUACCAUUCAACGGGAAGGCAUUACUCUAAAGCAUGACGCGAAAUUCAUGUUGAUUGGGACCAUGAACCCGGAAGAGGGCGAUUUAAGACCUCAACUCUUGGAUCGCUUUGGCCUCAUGGUGGAUGUGCAGGCUCCGCGAGAUCCAAGGCAACGAUGUGAGGUGGUCCGACAACGGAUCACUUUUGAACGGGAUCCUGCACUCUUUCAACAAGCAUGGCAGCAGUCUUCCACAUUACUCACGCAACAGGUGGUUGCUGCCCAAGAACGACUUACAAAAGUCAUUUUGAAAGAUGAAUUGCUGCUCCUCAUUAGCACCAUUUGCACCGAAAUGCACGUGGACAGUCUCAGAGCUGACAUUACGCUUUACAAGACGGCAACCGCAUUAGCAGCUUGGGAAGGCAGACUGCAAGUUGCUCCCGCCGAUAUUAAACAAGCGGCCCAAUGGGUAUUGCCGCACCGCAAACGCAAGAAACCCUUCGAGUCGCCGCAAUCCAAGCAACAAACAGAGGAAAUGUUGGAAGAGUUGAUCAAUAAUCACAACAACAACGACAAUAGUCCACCCGACAAGAAUAAUAUGGAUCAACAAGAACAAGAACAGCAGCAACCACAACCGCAAGAACAAAAUGAUAAUCGCGAAGGUACAGGAUACGGAUCAUCCGAGUCAGCGCCGUCAUCGUCUUCUAACAACCAGGACAAGAACACGGAUAACGAUAACGAUGACAGGAAUGGUGAAGGCAACCAGAUGGAGACAUUUAAGGCUAGCAAACCCGAACAAAUCAAAAGAAUCAAACUAGCCAAGAAACAACAAGGUCAACCAGGAACAGGUCGGCGCAAUACCGUAACAAACUCGCAACAGAACAAGCAGGGGCACUACGUCCGGUCCGUACCAACCGACAAGCCACAAGAUAUUGCCCUCGAUGCAACUCUCAGAGCAGCUGCCGUCAAUGGUCUCGAUCCGGAUACCGGCGCGACGAUUAUCAAACCCGAAAAUUGGAGACGAAAAGUACGCCAUGCCACCACGGAUACCCUCAUUCUGUUCGUGGUGGACGCAUCGGGGUCCAUGUCUGCCCGACAGCGCAUGGAAACAGUCAAGGGGGCAGUCUUGGCUCUUCUCACGGAUGCAUAUCAACAGCGAGACUCUGUGGGUGUCAUUGCCUUUCGGGGAUUAAAGGCCGAAGUGCUUUUGGAACCCACACGGAGUGUGGAACUGGCGGAACAACAAUUGAAGCGUCUCCCCACGGGUGGGCGAACACCUCUGGCACAUGCGUUGGUGGUCGCCCAUGAAGCAGUGCACCGUCUUGGCCGACAUCAAACUGAACAACAGCCAAUGCUACUCAUCGUAUUAAGUGAUGGCAAGGCAAAUGUGCCGCUACCCGAUACCAGCGGCGAUGCAUGGGCGCAAACAGAACAGGCCGCGGCACAACUCGCCGACCUUGCCAUUCCUACACUGUUUCUGGAUACCGAAACAGGAAUGGUUCGGGUCGGCCGCGGCAAAGAGCUGGCUCAGCGCCUCAACGCGGACUAUCUACUGCUGGAUGACCUAAGCGCGGAUGGGUUGGUUCAUACGAUUCGCGAGGUAGUUGGUUAGUAAGGCUACU